AUGAACUCGGAUGACGACACCGGCAUGGAGGCUUUCCCUGUUGAUGCUGGGGACGUCGCCCCCGAUGGGGCGAGGGAUGCAGCCCACGAGGCCUCUGCUGCGGAGCACUUCGUGGAGGAGCAAGCCCCCGACUUCCAGGGACCUACUUCGAGCGAGUGGCGUUGCCUUCGUUGCCAUGGCGACAGGUGGGAAAGGAAUGUGUAUGGAGUUUGGUUGUGCUGCGGCUGUGACGGCACUGAGUACUACUCCUCCCUUCGCCCCCAUCGCCAUGAGACGGACGAGGGCGUCUGGAUGUUCAUGCCCAGGCGACCGACGACCCAAGGCCGCGCCGGACCUCGAGCAGAUGAGCCUGGCCAGCAGCUUCCUUCGAAGGCUCUCUCGAGACGACAAAGGCGGCGGCAGCGUGUCGCGAUGCAGCCUGGCGGUGGACCUCCAGAACCGGACUACGACGGCUACUCGGAGCUGCCGGAGUCCGAGGCACCUACCUUCGACCCGAUUGUGGAGCCUGACACGGCCGAUGAUGAUGCACCUCCCCGGCCACCAAGGCGACCGAGGAGGACGACUUCUUGCCCGGCGAGCCCACCUUCUUCCGGACCUACCUCACCGCCGCGACCCUCUACUUUGCCAGCCACGACAAUGGCGCAGACCACGGCCAACCCUUUAAGGACUUCCGGGCCCGUGUUGCAAGACUUCGGCACUUCGGCCCUUACCCCAGGCGGUGGCAGCGCAACCACGUGGAAGAGCAGGAUGGGACCAGAACGUGGGGUGAGAUGGCGCGGAGGAGCGCCACCCGUGCCGCCUACCUGGCGGUACGAUGCGCAAGAUCCUCGCGCAUAUUCCAAGUUCGCCAAGAAGGUGUCUCUGUGGCGCAUACAGGUGUCAUCGUAUAUGACACCGCGCGAGGCAGCGUUGAUGCUCUACACGAGCCUCACCGGGGAAGCGGAAACGGAAUUGGAACAUGCUCCCAUCGAGUCGAUCAACUCCGACAAGGGGAUAGAGUUCAUCCUGGAGACCCUCCGCACGCCAAUGGAACAAAAACUUGUGUUUCAGAAACGCAAAUUCUUGAGCGAGUACGAGAACAUCCAGAGGCAGCAAGGCGAGGGGCUCCGUUCUUUCAGCAACCGCUAUAGGCGUGCAGAACGGAACCUCAGAGCUGUUGGCGUGGAGGUCGGCCAGAUGUACGACAACGACAGCCGGGGCAAUCGCUUGCUUGAGCGGGCAAGGCUUUCGCCCCAGGACCAACGGCUGAUACUGGUUGGCAGCCGCUAUUCCCUCGCCUUCGUCGAGGAGGCGGCCCUGGAGGAGAUCCCCGAGGAGGAGUCGCAGGACGAGCGCGCCGACCACCAGGCCGACGACACCGCCGACGCCCCCGACAACGACGACUUCCCCGACAACGAGCCGGACGAGGGCACGGACCCGAUCACCGAGGCGCUGGACGUUCUCACGGUCACGGCCAAGAAGCUCAGUUCCCUUAAGCUUGGGCGGAAGUUCAGCGGUGGACCUCGUGACGGGAAAGGCCAGCGGGACGGCCGAGAUGGCAAAGGCGCUGGCAAGGACGUGGCGGCCCAAAAGCGGGUCACACAUUGUGCCGCCUGCGGGGAACGCGGCCACUGGAAAGGAGACCCCGAGUGUUCUAUGACGACCUCCUCCCAGCGGCCCUCUUCUUCUUCGUCUUCGGCAACCCCUGGCGGCACCGGCGGGAACAAAGAUCGGCGAUCCCACCAGGCCUUCUUUGUCAAGGACUUCGGGGCCCUGGAGGUGACGGACCAGCCCGCCAACGAGCAGUACGGCAAGAUGUUUCAGGUGAACGUGGUUUUCGGUGUUCAGGCCCGCAGCAUGCACGAGCCGAGCUUCCGCGGCAUGAUGAUCCUCGACACCGCGUGCCAGCGCACAUGUUGUGGAACACGCUGGCUUGCUGAGCAGGCUGCGCUUUUGGAUGAACAGGCGCUGCAGUGGCAUAGCGCUCCUCUGCAGGACGUUUUUCAGUUCGGCUCGGGGCCUCCGCUCAAGGCGAAGCAGCGAGCCUACCUUCCCGUUGGGGUUGGAGGCGUGGACCUCCUCAUCGGAGCCGGCGCCCUCGAUGUAGAAAUUCCUUUGCUGGCUUCCAAUAGGCUUCUUGAUGCUCUGGGUAUGGUUCUUGAUUUGCCGAACAACCUUGUGACGUUUACCACUUUGCAUGUGACGGUGCCCCUCCUUAGGAUCCACGGACACCUGACAGUGAGCAUUGUGCAGUUCAGUGGCAGCAUGCAGUCAUGGCACAGUUUGCAAAGCAGUGUUGAUUGGAACGACCCCCCUCCGGAGCUUGUGGUUCAAGGUGAUUUGGCAACUUUGUACGUGGCGGCCCUCCUCGACUUCAAGAAGAACUUCUUCGUGACGCUGACCACGGCGGUUCGCCUCGGCAUGCUCCCGGACUCUGUCUACGAGGUGGUGCCGCCGAUCUUGGACAACCAGUUCGUGAAUCCGCCCUCGAGCUGCAAGCACCCGGAGUACACAAGGUACGGGAAUGCGUACGGGAAAUUCGCCCGGUGCAAAAGACUUCGACUGCAAGCUUUUAAGUUCGCAGCCUCCCUUGCCGUCUUCCUCCAAUACUGUACCUCGGGGCUCGGUGUCUUCGGCGGCGAACCGCAAACCUUCGACCCGGGCCUCCUUGAGCGCGGCAUCACCCAAGACCUUCUCAGCACCACCGAGGCGCACUUCCCGACGGAGCCGGCCAAGCAGCAGCAGCGAGAUGGACGUGGACCCAUGGCGCCUUCUCCAGGACGACACGGACCUGGACUUCGACUGGGCACAAGUAGACGACUAAAGGGAGACUGGGCCCGCUCAGCGCGCAUCCUGGAGAGCGAGGUGGGUAUGUACCAAGGACAACCUUCUACGGCAGCACGACCCCCUCACACGGUGGACCUCCUGGUGAUCCACGACUUCGGCUUUGACCUGUGCGGCGACGCGGCGGAGCUGAAGCUCUCCUCGACUGUGUUGCCGGCCGCGCUGACCUACGACCUCCCUCGCGGACCGGCUUCACGACAACAAGCACUACGAGCACUACGACGGCUUCGGCCACACGUUCUUUGUGUUUCGCUCCUCGACCACCACCUUGACGACUUCGAGGACGGCCUCCUCUUCGAGAUGAUGCAGGAGCAGAUGGACGCAGGACGGGCAUCCCUGGUGAUUGGCCCGUCCGGGCAGGGUCUUCAAGGCGUGGCCUCUUCCUUUGAGAUGAACUGCACCACCUUCGGGCACGGCCGUGCGGCCACGACCCUCGCUACCACUAUCCCGGGGGCUUCUUCUUGGUUUGGAAAAGAUGACCAUGGCUACACCCCGGACUUUGUGCACCACCGAGCGCUCGUGACUUACCAGAGCCCGGUUUCUCGACUAGAAGAGUGGGACGAUAUCGCUGAGAUGCUGAGCCGCUCCUUCGGCAACCCGGGCACGCGCCCUUACUACAUCGACCCUUCUUCAGAGGCGGGACGAAGGGUUUCGGAGCUUUUUCGAAUGAAGCUUGAGAAGAUCCAGGCCGUGCAGACACCCUCGCAGCGCAGGUUGCCACAGGACAUCCCGUACACCGCCCGGGGAGCCUUCCUCAUCUACAACGACGGCAGCAAGGCGGUGGAGACUGAGGACCUGAGUCUGGUUCGGCACCCCAAACAAAGGUUCACCAAGCCGGUGAGGUGCGGCAUUUUGGUGUACGGCCACCUCAUUGCUGACGAGCUCCAGGACCGGCCGCUUGAACCACAGGCCCCUGUGCCUGGCCUUCCGACCGACGUCUCCUUUCCUGAACUCUCUCCUCAGGUGCCAGUGGAAGUUCGCCGGUCGAUCGCUCGUGCCCACAUCAACUUGGGGCACCCAACAGCUCAGGAGCUCAUUCGCGUGGCCACGGCUUCCGGCUCCCCCAGCAACUUGUUCAUCGAGGCGAUCCGGAAACUGAAGUGCAGCACGUGCGAAAGACUCAAAGGACCUCAAGCACCACGACCCGCAACCGCAACCAUCAAUGCCUUCCAGUUCGGCGACCGGGUGGAGGUUGAUAUCUUCUACUUGAGAGACCUCCAAGGCCGCAGCUGCAUGAUUCUUGGAGCCGUGGAUGUGGCCACAAGGUUCCACCAGGCUGGCUUCCUUCGCAGCCGCGAGCCCCAGGACGCCUACGACGUGCUGGACAAUAUCUGGCUCAAGCCCUUCGGCCUCAUGACCCAGAUUGCCCUGGACCCUGACACCACCUUUCAAGGUGCCUUUCAGGAGCGGUUGCGCUCCCACGGCGUGAUGGUGGACUACUGCGCGGCCGAAGCACAUUGGCAGAUUGGCCACGUGGAGCGCCAGAACGCCUUCCUUCGCACAGUGAUGGAGAAGCUUGUGGACACCUUUGCCGCCACCAGCGUUACAGAUAUCAAGUUGCUCCUGGCCCCGGCGCUGCACGCAGUGAACAGUAUGACGCUGAGCCGGGGAAGGUCCGCUUUUCAGGCUGUGUUCGGCCGGGUGCCACGGCUUCCAGGAGGCUUGCUUACCGACUCCAACGUGCUGACGGCUACUCCCACGGAUGACCCGGCGGCAACCGCAGAGAUCAUUAGAUCGGAAGCUCUGAAAACUCUUUAUGAUCUCAAUGUGCGACAAAGUAUGCGGAGGGCCAUCCUCCGCAAGACACGGGACACCAAGGUGCCCCAGCUUCAACCCGGACAGGCCUGCUCUUUCUGGCGCUGGCGAAAGAAAGGACUGAAGAAAAGAGGAGGAUGGAUCACCGCUCGAUUCCUCUCUUGGGAUCCGGCCUCCCCUGGGAAAAUGGCCUGGGUCCGAUCCGGCACCACCACGGCACUGGUCGCAGUGGAACAGCUCAGGGCGGCGACUGGUUUCGAGGCUUGGCUGCCAACCGAGCCCGACGUUGCAGCACUCAAGGACGCUUCGCAGACCCUCGACCAGGCCCUUUGGACAGACGAGACCGGACCCGCGCCAGACCAACGACAACGGGCGGAUGACGCCGAGAUGCCGGACCUGGACGCCCUUGCAGGAAAGGACCUGGAGAUGGCAGCGGCUUUGACUUCGGCUUCUUCACUUCCGGCGGCGGCGGCUUCUUCGAGUACGCCACCUCCCGUGGAAACUUCUCAAGUUACGCUGGACGUGGACCAGACAGUGCAGAACUUAGUGUACCAGCCCACCGUCCAGAACACCUUUGUGCGAAACGUGGCCAGACUGGGAGACCCGUCUGCUGGAGCAAAGCGUGGAGCUUCGAUUCCACGCACCCCACGGGGCACUUCUGCGCCGAGAACGCCCAGGAGUCGCUCACCAGCGCCACCGGCGAGACCAGUGGCGGACACACGAGCCGAAGAACCACAGGAACCACAAGCGCAGCUACCACAAGAACUUCCAGAACCACCUGUCCCAGACGGUUCUCAGACACGAGCCGAAGAACGACAGGAACCAGUCCAGCUACCAGAAGAACUUCCUGAACCACCUGUCCCUGAGGUACCAGUACCAGAGACACCUUUGGAACCAGGUUGGGAGUCCGCACCGUUUUCUUCGGCAGCUUACGAGUCCGAGGCAGAACCUGAACCACUACAACCAGCCGAGUUGGAGCAGCUCUUCUCUACAACCACCGGAGCACGAGGACGUUCAACCACAGAGUCAACUCCUUUGGCGGCUUCUUCUGGGGGAGCACCAGGCCAAGAAACAGCUUCGGCAGAUAACACGUCCUCGGCACGGCCCCCAACGACGCCUGUUACCAGCGAGCCUUCGGCACAGGAAGGAGGCCAACCAAGCUUGCUGCCGGCCAAACGCCCGUUCGAGGCACUCACCACUUUCUUUCUCGACGAGGGCGAGCUUUACCACUGCACUCCCGGCAACGAGCUGACUGAAGGUUACGGCCCUAAGGAGGAGCGCUGCUACAAAGCUUACCUUAACUCCAAGCACCGCCUCGACGACGUCAAGAACCUCGACAAGCAGGCCGCCGACAGCGACACUAGCGACAGCGACUGGAACGACGUUGCGCCUUCAACGGAGAAGCGCGGCAUGACCCGCGCCGAAGCCAAGGCACUCGAUCGCGAGAUCCCCUGGAGACAGAUCCUCGACAUGGACCCCGCCGACAUCAAGGCGUACGUCGCGGCCACCGAGAAGGAGGCAAAGAGCUGGCUCGAAUGGGGCUCUGUCAAACCCCUGAGCCACACCGAGGCACAGUCAGUACUUCGAGACAAGGUGCUGGCAAAAAGAGUCCUCAGGACCCGCAGCUGCUUCCGGGACAAGAACAAGGGCCUCGGCCAGCUGGCGGCUAAGUGCAGAGUGGUCGCUUUGGGCCACCGCGACCCGGACAUCUACAGGCUGAACCGCGAAUGUGCCACGCCAAACCGGACCUCGGAGCACGUCCUGUUCAUCAUCUUGACCUCCGGGAGUAACUCCGAGUUUGCCGACUCCAAGAAAAAGUGGUUUGGCUGGGCCGGGGACGCCUCAACGGCUUUCCUUCAAGGGGACCUGUCAGACGCAGAGCGGGAGCUUCCGCUCUACCUCCUCCCUCCAAAGGACGGAGUGACUGCCUUGACCUCGUGCUGGAAGGCGCCCUUGUACCUGGUUUGCACCAACGUGUACGGCCUCAGCAACGCGCCCCGCUUGUGGUCGCUCACGGUCAUCAAGCGGACAUCUGCUUUCGAUUAUCAUCGUCUACGUCGACGACUUCCUCGGCGCCUACCGCUCCGACUACAACCUCGACGAGGCCAAGGACGCCUUCAAGUGGGGUUCUUUGCAGGACUUCGAGGUGGGCAAGGCCGUUACCUUUAA